UUCUUCCAUGCCGAAAAUGUCCGCACACAGGUGUCCUUAAAAUGCCCAUUCACACUCGCUUUGAAGCUUCCAGGAUAAAUCAUAAAUCAACGGGUAAAUUAUGGUAGCAUUUCCUUACCUUUUUAGAUAUAUGGUUAUAUAUGUAUAGUCACAUCUCUUAUAAAACAUAUAUGAUGCCUUGACAUAUAGCAUUAAUCCCAUCUCAUAGCUCUUCUGUUGUUAAUUCUUUGUGGAGCUUUAAUCCAAUGGAGAUUGUUGGAGCCCAAGAUGCCUCUUCUUCGGAUUCUCCAUGUAGUUAUCAUGUGUUCUUGAGUUUCAGAGGUGUAGACGCUCGCAAGACGUUCACUGACCACCUCUACACAGCUUUAAAUCAUAGUGGAUUUCGCACCUUUAGAGAUGAUGACGAGAUUGAAAGAGGAGAAAAUAUGAAGUUUGAAUUGCUGAAAGCAAUUCAAGAGUCGAGGAUGUCAAUAGUUGUCUUCUCAAAAAACUAUGCUUCUUCGAGCUGGUGUCUUGAUGAACUUGUGAUGAUCCUCAAACGUAGAAGGACUACUGGGCAUGUAGUGCUACCUGUCUUCUAUCACGUGGAUCCAUCCCAUGUGAGGAACCAAAUGGAAAGUUUCGAAGAAGCAUUCACGAGGCAUGAAGAGAGAUUCCAUACAGAAGGAGCUGGAAAAAAAGAUGAACAGAAGGGCAAGAUACAAGAAUGGAGAGCAGCACUCAGAGAAGCUGCAGAUUUAGCAGGGAUGGAUUUACAAAAUCAAGCUGACGGGGGACAGGAAAAAUUGAAGGCCUUAUACUUGAUAUGAACUUUUUGGAAGAUAAAUAUGACAAGACAGUCAUUGGUGUCAAUAAAAAAUGUCAUUUUAAAGAAUUCCC